AAACACUCUAAUCACUGUAAAUAAGAUGUUGUUUGUGGUAUAAACACAAAGCAUUGUUUGAGAAAUUAACUGCCACUACAAAUUACAAUGGCUGAACUAUGGAUGGAGGGAGACAGAUACCAAAUAAAAGGUGUACCGGAUCGAGUGAAGUUGAAUCAACUGAACAAUUUGCUCCAUGAUGCAUUGAUAUCCACAGAACAUGUCGAAAAAUGUGCAAUUGUUGAUCGCAGAGAGGCAGAACAGAAAGCGGCUUCUGUUGGAUUUACGAUUAAUAAAAGUGAUAUACAGAGCAUUCAAGAAGCAUUUAAGAAUACUUCCAUAUCUAGGAAGGAAGGAAUAGUUUUUGAAGGAAAAAAUUACAAAUGUAUAAGAGCGGACAAAAACUCGAUUUAUGCAAAAUCGGGUCAUCGUGGACUUGUUGUAGCACGAAACAAUACUAUUUUAAUUGUGGCAACAUACAACAAACAAAUGUAUCCAUCAGUUUGUGUUGAAGCAGUGGAAAAACUUGCGGAUUAUUUCAGAGAAAAAGGAAGAUAAAAGUUCCAUCUUCGCGAUCUUCACAGACUUGAAUCUAGCAAGCGUGUACAUCUUAAAGUGAUGGAAAUUGGCUAAAUCUAAGUCUUAAUGCUACUACUACUUGUAUAUUGUAAUGUUAUUAAAAUUUUCUAUUGGAAUGCAUUUAAUAAACUUGUAUGUUAUUACUAAAACUAUGCGAAUAAUAUAUUUUCUGCCAACUUUU